ACUGUUUGAUUGCAUCUAGAUCCCGGAGAGUGGAGCGUUAUUACCACACCACGACUCCAACUGGAAGCUUCUCUGGGCUGCGCCAGAAAACCCCCGUGCAGCUCCCUUUGCCAGGUCUCCCCGGAAUCCGUGUUUUGCAUCGCUCCUCAAUUUGCAUUUCUUCCUCAGAUUUUCCGUGCGACGGGUUCAGCCGCUCGAAACCAGCGGGCGCUCCACGGCUGUGUUGUACGUGCGCCUCCAUUUCCAAAGCAAUACGCACAGAGAAAGAAGAGACCCUCUGGAAAUUCUUAUUGAAAUAAUGUUGCCGAAGCUGCACGGACGAGGAAACUGAGGACAUUUUUUAUUUAGCGUUAUUUCUGUUGCGUACCUACGGAGACAGACACGUGUCUUCGGGGUAAACAGAAAGGGCUAGAUCGUGUCAACAGAUAUCCUUGUGUUAUUUUUUUUCUCCCCCCUCUUUUGUUUGUAAUAGACGGUCGAGUUCGAGCUUGGCGACGAGCUCUACAUUUCACUUCGUGCGCCUUGGUGAUAAAGACGCAUUUGGAGAUGUCGGAAGUACUACCUUUCAACGAAGAAAAAAUGAGUCAUUAUGGAAAUGAGGGCGACGAGGGACACCUUUCCUUCACCUGUCGUCUUCAAGACACCAACAACUUCUUCAAUGGCUCACAAAAUAAACGUCCGCCCAAACUCGGGCAAAUAGGCAGGAGCAAACGGGUUGUGAUUGAGGAUGAGAAUGGCGACGACGAAGCACUGAAAAAUGGGACAGAGAAGACCCCAGCAGAGGCUUAAGCGCCCGGCUCUCAGACAACCCCCCAAAAGACUCUCUUGAAAAAAAUUUUGUAUGGCGAUAUUUACCAGUUUUAAUCCAAAGACACUGUAUAUAAGCACUUUCUCUCAUGUGGCAGCAAGCAGCACUUCCACGCCCUCCUCUCCAAGUCAGUCAUGGCCAUCCGGGUGUCACACACUGGCAGGGGGUGGGAGAUGGCAGCAAAAAGGAGACCCCCAAGGUGGACCCCCCUGACACACUCAGAUACACACAGACACACUCACACAAACAAACUCUGAUUCCAGGGUUUUUCGCCAUAAAUCCAAACGCAGGAGACGACGACAAAAAAAAGGGGGGGGGCGAUGCUGUCGAAAUGCAGAAAUCAGGGACAGGAAACAGAGAUAAAUCUGAUUUAAAACUAAAGCACACACUUCUCUCUCUUCUAUAUCUUAUCAAUCAAACCUUCGGUACCAUUCUUUCUGCUCUUUACUUUGAUCGAGGGCAAAUGAAUAACAGAGUUUGUAAAUAUGGAAAGCGUAGCCCAUAUUUUCUUGCACAAAGUGGGAGGCUGUAAACUGGUUGUUCUCUGUGUUGAUGACUUUAUUUAUUGAUCCUUUUGGAACAUGUUUUUGCCGUGACUAAAGGCCCGAGGGAGUGUUUUUUUGUAUGUCAAGAAAACUGGAGUGAAUGACAGUGACAUUAUUUUUUCACUUAAUGAUUCUCGAUGUUGCCUGAGUGUUUUUUGUUACCAUACUUUGCAGCUAAUGAGUCAUUUAUAUACUGUGUACCUUCCACCUGUUUGUAAGCUUCCCAGGCUUUCCACCUGGAUUGGUUGAUACUGUAACUUGACUGUACACACCCUAUUGAUAAACUAUUUAUAUUGCAUUGUGCAUUAUCGUGUGUGCCAAAUCUCAUGAGGGGGAUAUACUGUAACCGGACUACUUGUUCUUUUUAUUUUUGUGCUUUCUACAUUUCCUCAUACGAUUCAGUUGUUUCGUUGGGUUGCCAUUUUUUAGGGCUCUUUCUUAAAAACACUGAAAUACCAACUCAUGCAUGGCGAAACUAUUGAAAUCAUGCAUGCACGGCAGAAGUUCUGAAACUCUUGUGUAUUCUUGAAGCACCUCGUAUACAGCUUUGAAUGACGAACCUCGAGAAACAGUCUUAACUCUGCAUUGUACUGUACGAUUCACUGAUUUGUACAGUGGCCUAAUAUCUUGUAAUAAAGAUUAUGACAAAG